UACCCAUGCGUCACCCGGGAGUGAUUAACCGGAAGAGACGUUAUGGCUCAUUUCUACUUCUAGAAGGUGAGGAAGAGGUUGUGGUGACAGCACAACUCCAGAUGGAGACGGAGUCUGAGACGCUCUUAGCUGCUAUGGCUGACACCUUAAAAGUGUCAGAGACCAGAGAAACCACCACAGACCCUGAGGAAGACUGUUUCUAUGACUGUGAGGACACAUUACGUGGAGAAGAUGGACACACUGACGUUAAACGCACAGAGAGGGAGCACAGAGACAUGCUGGAGUCAGAUGACAGGACAGAAAAUGAGAGACUAGAAAACAUGGAUGGCGCUGACCGGUUGUGUUUGGAUAACAUGUCAGAAGAGGAUUCUGAAGAGCACGAGGACAGUUCGGAUGAAAAGACACAUGACUCAUUAACAACAGACCUGGAUCCUGAGAAAGACAAUGAUGAGGAACAGGAGAAAUGGGAGAGGUUUGUGGAGAGCGAUGAGCAGAGAGAGGGCGACUCUGAUUCUGAAUUUAAAGAGGAGACGGUCAAGGUGAACGAGUUUGAUGAGGAAUACCUGCAGCAUGUAGAGGCUGAAGAGUCUUACACAGCUGCGCUGAAAGUGUGUCCUGUGUGCUACAGUAAAGAGAGAUCCAUACUCUUCUCUAAUCGAGCUGCUGCACGCCUGCAUCAGGAUAAAAAAGACAGCGCUAUCAGUGACUGCUCUAAAGCCAUAGAACUAAAUCCAAAUUAUGUCCGUGCCAUUCUGCGGAGAGCAGAACUCUACGAGAAGACAGACAAGCUUGAUGAAGCUCUAGAGGACUAUAAAAGUGUCUUAGAGAAAGACCCGGGCAUCCCUGCAGCUAGAGAGGCCUGUAUGGUGAGUGUUUCUACAUCAGCAUUUCGACUCAAAGGCCUCCACUGUCCAUAA